AGCACCAAACAGUCCAACCAACCCAGACAACAACUCCACAGUCCACACCCACACAGAAAAAUGGGUAAUCAAGAUCAUGACCAUCAACAUUCAGAUGAAAUCAUCAAGAUUACUGAUGAGAAACCAAAUUUGAUAUCAAAUUGUCUACUUUCUUCAGCAUUUCUUCAUACACCAUUCCAGCCAUUCUCAUCCUCCCCUCACCACCCUAGAAAACCCAAUAAUCCUCUCCAAAAUUUCCAAGCUUCUUUAAUCUCAAAAGGUAAUGAGUUUCUGAGGAAUUUGGAAACCAUUGCUGCUGGAAAUCCAGUGGUGCAGAAGCUCUUCUCUUUCUCUAACAAUAUCAAUGAUUUCUGUCAGAUGCGUCGCAGAGAAUUCAUAUUGUCAAACUCGUUAUCCAAACACAACUUUGCUGCAGUUUUACCAGGAGAUUCAGUAGCAGGUCUUGUGGCAGCUAAUGGUGUCUUGAACUUCUUGAACAUUUACAAUACAAUCUUGGUUGUCAGGCUCGUUUUGACCUGGUUCCCUAACUCUCCUCCUGCCAUCACUAACCCACUCAGCACUAUAUGUGAUCCUUACUUGAACAUAUUCCGUGGAGUAGUUCCACCACUUGGAGGAUUAGAUCUCUCUCCAAUAUUAGCAUUCCUCGUUCUAAAUGCAUUAACAAGCGCUGCAACUGCACUUCCUGCUGAACUUCCAACCACAAACGAAACAACAGCAACAUCAAGACAAGACCUCUCAUCAUCUCAUUCACAGUUUUCAAAUCUCACUUCAACACAGAAGAAAUGGUUAAAGAGGGUUUGCGGAAACAAAUCAAAAACAAGUCCUGCUUGAACUCGGAAGUUUUGUACUGGUAUGUAUGAGUUUCUUUCAUGAAUGUUGAUUCUUUUGGAUGCAACUGUCCUAACUCAGAAAAAUGUAACACUUGUCGGCGUAAAUUGAAACAAACAAAUCAAAUGCAGCUUCAUAUUUUCUAUCUUUUUCAUUGUAACAAGUAUUUCCAUAUUAUACUACGUAAUAUACUGUCUGAAUCAAAAUGUUACAUGAAUCAGAUCAUUCAGAUGGAAUCUAUAAUCUGAGAAA